AUGCAAACAACACUUAACUUCCGGUUCCCCAGUCAACGACAACGGCAACAACGUGAUGUGGCGGUGCGUAUGCUUGUACCAAUGCUGGAACAGCGGCCGAUGGCAACAGCAAACUUUCUCUUCAUGUGUACAAGCGAAGUGCCGUCGAGUGAUGUCUUGUCUGCCCUCGGUGUUCCAUCAACACGAAUGACGACAUUGUCAGUGGAGGCACUAAGCAAUUCUGGGCUAAAACCAUUUGCCGAGAGCUCUGUUGUGCGUAUUGAAAAGGAUAUAAUGGUAGAGAUUGGAAGCAGUACAACAAAGACUAUCUUUGGUGGAUUUAUUGAAGAUGAACCAUUGAAGGAUGAAUCACAGAAACAACAAGAAAAAGAACAACAACUUCGUGCCGGUACAGUUCUUAUUGGAAAUGUUGGAAUGCCAAAUUCUAAUGCGAGUCGUUACUAUAUUCUUCUUCAAGAUAUAAAAGAACCUGCACAACGAGAGGAGUUAGGCAUUUAUCAAUCUAUAGGCCAUAUCACGACUGGUUUAAAUGAACUGCGAGAGGCGUGUGCGACAGCAGUCGUGCAUUCACGCACACUUACACCCCAACCGCCAGUGAAAUUGUGGGUCUCUGAUGUACAUGUGGAUUACCGUCAAUCCUCAAAAGGAAGAAAUGCGGCCGCAGGUGAAAAGCCCACACGAACAGCAGGAAUAUCAACCGUACGUAUGGCUGGCCGUGUGCGUGGUCGUGAGGAAACAGAGGCGGAGGAUGCGGAAAUGGAUCAAUCCAUGGAGGCCAAUGGUGGUUUCUUUCACCUCACCCGCAGUUAUCCAGCUCCACAGAAUAAUAAUAAUAAUAAAGGUUUGGGGCCGCAGGCAAAGCGUCUUCGCUCCGAGCGUCUCACAGCAGCAGCAGAUGGUGAGAAUACAUUAACAGGCAUCACCGCAUUGCCUCCAGUGGAGGGUCAACCAUUUGACUUUUUUGCCGCCCAAGAGGAGGUGUUUCUUACGGAUGUUGGUAUGAUUAAAGAGACACAAACAUUACGGAGAAAUCGUCACGGUAAACAACCGCAGAAGAUGAGACCGAAACAUGAAAAGGCAAAUCAACUUGUAAUGACGGGUAACAGUAAAGGAGCGCGUAUAGCUUCUACAGGCACAAAGAAAACUUUGCGCCGACGAUACUAA